GAUUCUAGUCUGCCGGUCUAACAGGAGUUAGGACGUGGGAACAUCCAGCUUGGUUCUAUCCUUCUGUUCAGCAGUGAAACUAUAGUGUUCGCCGUUAGCCAGUAUUAAACGCGUUACUCAUCGCGGAUCGACAAUAAGAAGAGCCAAAACUAUGAACAUGGGUACAGAUCUUAUUUACAUGAUGAUAAUUUCUGGACUGUUGUUUCUUCUAGUUCUCUGGGUGACUAGGAUGUCGAGAAAUUCUCGACUUCCGCCUUCGCCACCUGGCUAUCCUUUGUUCGGAAACUGGUUUGAGUUGGAUUUCGAACGAAUGCACCUCAAGUUCAACGAGUGGUCGAAAAAAUACGGUGACAUAAUGUCUUUUCAUGUCUUCACUGACACUGUCAUAAUUCUUCAAGGAUUUGAAGUUCUCCGAGAAGCAUCGUUAUCUCCGGAAGUAGCUGAAGCAUUUUCCGGCCGACAGCGGAACUUCUCCGGCAGUUACGUUUUGCCUAAUGACGUCAUCUUCCAGGCCUGGAAUGAGAAGACGAGUCAUCUAAAGAAAGUUUUGACGAAAGGCAUGCGGUUGUAUGGAAAUGAUCUGAGGGCUGCCGAACCGCUUAUUCUCAAGGAAGUGCAAACAGUGGCGCGCAAUUUCCAUUCACGCAAUGGCGAAGCAUUUUCUCCCUUUGAAGACAUCAAUAAUUUUCUUUGCCGUAUAAUCAUGAUUUUGGUGACAGGAAGAGAACUGCCGACCAAUAACCCCUCGGUGAAGCUGAUCAAUAAAGUAGAUGCAAACUUGAGCUAUCUGUCUAAUCCCGGCAUAAAUACAAUGAUGAUGCUGUUUCCAUGGAUACGACAUCUUCCUUGUGAGAGCGGAAGAAGGUACCAGCAAAUAAAAAGGGACAUCAAAGAGCUAAAAGAUUUAAUGCUGAAAGAUGAACAGGGGUCCAAGAGUGAAGGUGAGAUCCGCGGCUUGCUGAGCCACUUACGUCAUACACAGGGGCAAUGUGACGUCAGCAAGGAAAACUACAUCACCGAUGACAACAUCGCCGAUAUACUGAUAGAUAUAUGCGCUGCAGGAGUACAAAGCACGAAGAUGUUCUUGCUAAUGUUGAUACUGGUGCUCGUACAUCACCCGGAAAUACAGCGAGAGAUCCAGGCUGAGAUAGACCGUGUACUGGGGACUGACCGUGAGCCCAGAAUGAACGACCGUAAAGACAUGCCCUACACAGAGGCCACUAUGAUAGAGGUGUUUAGAUUCCACUCAACGCUGCCUAUAUCUGUUCCAGGAACGACGGUCAAAGAUGUCACCUUUCGAGGGUAUCAUAUCCCAAAGGGCAGUCAGAUAUUAAAGAACUUCUGGACUAUACACCACGAUGAAACUUUUUGGGACGAGCCUAGUAAAAUAAAGCCUGACAGGUUUUUAGACGAACACGGGAAGCUUCUUCCGAUUGACCAUCCGAAAAGGAAACGUAUACUUGCUUUUAGUCUUGGGAAGAGGAUAUGUCCUGGCGAAGCCUUCUCUAAGCACAGAAUCUUUCUCUGGAUAGCCUAUUUGCUUCAGCGAUACACCUUUCUGCCUGGCACCAGUAUGGAAGAGUUACCAGUCCUGUCACCACUGAAUUUCGAGUCAGGCAUUGUCCAGGGGGUGAAGCACUUCACCAUGCGCGUAAUACCCAGACAGCAGUGAAUAACUGCCGGCUACUCUUAGUAUCAUUUCCGUGCAGUUAAGAACAUGUUGCUCAUUGAAUACGAGCUGUUAUUGGACUUAUAGCAUAAAUAUUUGGCAUAAGUCGGAUAGCUGUGUUGACUUACAUGACCAGGAUUUCUUUGAUUUGUCAUACAUCCGGUGGAUGAAUCCCGGUGGCCGGCUGGUUCGAGUGUUCCAAGGCCGUUGAUUCAACGGCACUAACCGGGAACGUGGAACGUUUCAACUACACCGGUGUCGACCGGCGGUGGGCCGCCAACGUUACACUGUCCGCUGAAUAAGAAUCAAGCUUUACCUAGUAAUAUUGUUACCCUCGACAUGCAGGGACACCAAGUGAACAAACUGCGUGCGUUUCAUGUGAAUCCCAAUCAAGACGCAGUCUACACCAACAUGAUGUAAAACUGACAAAAACAUCUGAAACGUGUGUAUAUAAUUCGAAAGCAAGUUAAUGCCGUAAAUUGCAGCUACUCUUGUCUGUACUGUAUUUUUUACGUCUUCUCCAUUUGUCUUUUUUCUCAGCAAAAAUAUUAUGUGUGUAUGCAAUAGUAUGUGUAUAUUUUAUACGAGAUUAUCUGCGAUUUUGUUUUUAAUUCUAUAGUUUUAAAGUGUGCAUGUGCUUUAGUGUGCUCGUGUUAUUUGGAGGGACGUUAUUCUUCUGGAUAAGUUGUUCAUUACCUAGAUCUGCCUUCUCGAUCAAACUGUGCCUCUUUUGGGUUAAUCUCUCACAUUACACCAUUGAUCCUGCGUUCUCUCACAUUACAGCAUUGAUUCUGUGUUCUAUCACAAUACAGCAUUGAUUCUGUGUUCUAUCACAAUACAGCAUUGAUUCUGUGUUCUCUCACAUUACAGCAUUGAUUCAGUGUUCACUCACGUUAGAGCAUUGAUCGAGUCUUCAUGUGAAGAUUCUUCCCUCAAGAAAAACUAGCCUUAAGUAAAAGCUAACUUUUGUAAUACCAGUACAACACAAAUCUGAGUUAACACUCAUUUAAUUGACAGUUCCAUCAUAGAAUUGAAUUUAAAAAUUUUUAACUGAAUAUUUAUUCACGAAAUGUAAAUAUAUGAACAAUGACAGAUUAUCUCAUAAAAUGCGGAAAUAAACUCCAAGGGACUUGUUUAAUUCCUGACUAAGAAUAAUAAUACAUGGUUGGUGAGGAGCGAUUGUUAGUGAAUAAUUAUAACAAAAUAACAAGAAAGAAGUUAAUUAGAAAACCUAUAAUCACCUAAGUUAAAUACACUGUAGUGUGAAUAAUAUUUUGCGUCACACCUUCUGUGUCAUAGAGUAUAUGACUAAUGCGAAUCAAAUAUAUUUAAUUUUAAAAAAUUUAACCUGGAUUUGAAUAAUGACGUGGCAUUGAUUACCUUUAGGCUUGGAUGAAGCCUUAUCCACUCUCUUGAUAUGGGAAUUUCAGGAAGUUGUACAAAAUAACCAGUUAUUUUUUGUUCGAAUGUGUUAGAUGAUGCCAAUAUUUCUGGAUACUUUCCUACUUAUAAGGUUAAUAUGUAAUGUCCCAGACAGCCUUGAAUUAAAAUAAACUCCCAAGUGUUCUUGUAGGUUGGCUAUUUCAACCCAUGCAAAUACAACGCUGGCGGAAGUGCCCUAUUUUUGGGUGCAUUGAUAUGCAUGCAUUUUGAUAAAGGAUUUGAUCUUAUAGUUCACCACAAUCAGCCUCAAAUGCAAAGCUCCAAGCUUGAAGGAAACACCUAUCCAAGUAGGGUGUUCUAAUACGGCCUACAAAUGCAGUACAGUUAGAUACGUAUCUUGUGUUCAGUUGUUAGCAUGUCAUAAUAUAAGAUUAUAUCAGCAUGUUAGUAUAACAGAUUAUCUUAGUAUAUAGGUCUGAAUGGAUAUAUGCGGUCAUUGCAUUUAUAACAACUGUAGAAAACAACGCAUCGGCCAAAAGAACGGACCUCUGUCCUGGGCUGACUGUCCGAUCCCUCAAAUAACCCGCACAUUUGGUAAUGAGAAGUCGUCACCACCGCCUUCCUUCUAAACAUUUCCUUUUGAAAGAUUAAAAAUGGAAAUCAAUGGUUUGAUGGAAAUGGUAUCGUAUUUAUCGAGUACCAUAUUUUCAUUUACCCCUACACGUAUAAGCAGUCGGUACCAUAUUGUCAAUCGCUCCUACACGUAUAAGCAGUCUGUACCAUAUUUUCAUUCACCUCUACACGUUUGAGCAGUCGGUAUCAUAUUGUCAAUCACUCUUGCACGUAUAAGCAGUCGAUAUCAUAUUGUCAAUCGCUCCUACACGUUUAAGCAGUCAGUACCAUAUUUUCAUUCACCCCUACACGUAUAAGCAGUCGGUACCAUAUUGUCAUUCACCCCUACUCGUAUAAGCAAUCGGUACCAUAUUGUCAUUCACCCCCACACGUAUAAGCCAUCGGCUCCAUAUUUUCAUUCACCUCUACACGUAUCAGCAGUCGGUACCAUAUUUUCAAUCACCCAUAAACAUAUACGCAUCCCCCACUUAUUGCCACUCACUCGAAAUGACCAGUGAUUACUGGUCACGGCGUGCAAUUGUUUUUAUCUUACUUUAGAAGCAGAAGUUUUGCACUUUCAUCUUAGAUAGAUAUGCUAUUUUGAAAUACAUGUAUGAGAUCAAAAUUCGCUGAACGAAGACAAAGUGAUUCCAUUCGGGAUAUGGUUCUCUGGAUGCGGUGUGUUUGCAUGUGUUCGUAAUAACCUCUUAUACGCUUCAUGAGGCGGAUCGAAUUGAAGAUAAGGUUUCUGCACAUCCCCCCCUCAGGCAGUUUACUUAAUAUGCUUAACAAGUAAUUAGGUUCUCGUACACCCAGACAGUAUAUUUGUAUAAGCUUUUCAGCCGAGUGCAUACGUUUAGUUGAUGAGAGUAUUCUAUAAGGCACGCUGCGUACAGUGUUUGCCACGCUGCCAGGUGUGUACAUCUGACCCCGUAUAGUUUUGUCUUCCCCCCCAUAAUUACACGUCGUUGUAUAGCCUCUUAAAUAAAGAAUGAGGAUUCAGCACACCUCUAAAUAGUU